GCCCCAGGCUAAUACAGAACUCUAUUUCGGGCCCUGUCAGAAAGUGGAGGUGGCUCCUUUGAGGCCUUCGUGCACUAGUUCUGGUUCACAUAUGAGAAGAAAGAGUGUGAAAAAAAAACAUGGGGUCCGAAUUGGAGAACCUAAAUCCAAGUGCCAGAAUAAUGACAUUCCGUCCAACUAUGGAAGAAUUUAAAAAUUUCAGCCGUUAUGUUGCCUAUAUAGAGUCUCAAGGAGCCCAUAGAGCUGGACUGGCAAAGAUUGUUCCUCCUAAGGAAUGGAAGCCACGCACAUGGUAUGAUGAUAUUGAUGAUCUGGUCAUCCCUGCUCCCAUUCAGCAAGUGGUUACUGGCCAGUCAGGCCUCUUCACUCAGUAUAACAUCCAGAAGAAACCUAUGACAGUCCGAGAAUUCAGGAGGAUAGCAAAUAGCGACAAGUACUUUACUCCUCGGUAUACAGAUUUUGAAGAUCUUGAACGCAAGUACUGGAAGAAUCUCACUUUCAAUGCUCCCAUCUAUGGGGCAGAUGUUAAUGGCACACUCUAUGACAAGCAUAUAACUGAGUGGAAUAUUGGUCAUCUGAAUACAAUUCUGGAUAUAGUAGAAAAUGAAAGUGGUAUUACCAUUGAGGGAGUGAAUACGCCUUAUCUCUACUUUGGGAUGUGGAAAACUUCCUUUGCCUGGCACACGGAGGACAUGGACCUGUACAGUAUAAAUUAUCUGCAUUUUGGAGAACCCAAGUCCUGGUACUCUAUUCCUCCAGAGCAUGGGAAGCGGUUGGAGCGUCUUGCUAAAGGAUUCUUUCCUGGAAGUGCUCAGAGUUGUGAAGCUUUUCUCCGUCACAAAAUGACCUUGAUCUCACCAUCAAUAUUGAAGAAAUAUGGCAUCCCAUUUGACAAAGUGACUCAGGAAGCAGGUGAAUUCAUGAUAACUUUUCCUUAUGGAUAUCAUGCUGGUUUUAAUCAUGGCUUCAACUGUGCUGAAUCUACUAAUUUUGCCACACUUCGUUGGAUUGAGUAUGGAAAGCAGUCUGUUUUGUGCUCAUGCCGAAAGGACAUGGUCAAAAUCUCCAUGGAUGUCUUUGUGAGGAAAUAUCAGCCUGAUCGUUACAAGCUCUGGAAAGCUGGGAAAGAUGUGACAGCCAUUGAUCAUACUCUUCCCACACCAGAAGCAACUGAGUUCUUCUUUAAGGGCGAAUUCCUUCAAAAAGUUAAGAAUGAGAAGCAGUGCCCUGAAGAAACUGAAACAGAGGAAGAAUGCAAAGCAGAUGAAGAUAUGGAGAGAAAAAAUGUCCCAAAGCAUCGCAUUGGAAGCAAGCGGCACCGAGUCUGCUUAGAAGUUCCUCAUGAGGUGAGCCAAAGCGAGUCCUUUCCCAAGGAGGAAAUGCUCCCAGUGCAAUUUGAGAUGGAGGAAGCAGCCCCUCCAGUUGGACCUGCUAGAGAGCCUGUACAGCAAGGGGAUGAAGGGCUUGCACCUCCAGAAUAUGCAGAUUCCUCUGAAGUAAAAUUUGAAGAACUGAAAAAUGUUAAACUAGAUGACGAUGAUGAUGAUGAGGAGGAGGAGGAGGAGGAAGAAGAAGAGGAACCAGAAGCAGCUGUUUUAGAUCUUUCCAUUUCACAUUCUGUGUCUUCAGUUUUGACCCAAUCUACUAUGAAACCAAGCCCAGUGUCCAGCCUUCAGUCUAGCUCUUCUUUUUGUUCUGGCUCUUCAGAUUCUGAACCCCCUGAUCUUUCCAGGCAGUUGGUUGACCAAACUGAAGUUCUCACAGUUCAUAGUUAUGCUAAGGAAGAGAUGAAUGUCAUCGAGAUAGAACAGCCUUCCCGGAAGAAAACCAGUUCCACAGCUCGUGUGGAUGAACAGGAGCUUGCAAAAAUGGCAAAGGAGUACAUCAGAUCUGUAAAGGAUCAUAAGAAGUCAAAAGGACGUCGCCAGCCCUUGACCAAACUCCCACGUCAUCACCCAUUGUUGGUUAAAGAUAGCCUUAGUGAUGAUGAAAUGUCGGAGCAGUUAACACCUGAAGAAGAAACUGAAGAGAUGGAAGCAUGGGCCAAACCUCUCAGCCAACUGUGGCAGAAUCGUCCUCCAAACUUUGAAGCGGAAAAGGAGUAUAAUAUUGCCAUGGCUCAGCAGGCCCCCUAUUGUGCAGUGUGCAUGCUCUUUCAAACCUACCAGGCAGAUUGUGGAAGUCAGAGCUUACAAGCAGUUCCAAAUGCUGCUAAUGGAAAGAUGAGAACUAAGCCCCUCAUCCCUGAGAUGUGUUUUACUACCACUGGCUGUAGCACAGAUGUCAAUCUCUCUACCCCAUAUCUGGAGGAAGAUGGGACCAGUAUUCUGAUCACAUGCAAUCACUGUCAGGUCCGGGUCCAUGCCAGUUGUUAUGGAGUAGCCCCAGAGAAGGCAACUGAAGAUUGGAAAUGCUCCAGAUGCAAAGCCAAUGCUUUGGAAGAGGAUUGCUGCUUAUGCUCACUUCGUGGAGGUGCACUUCAAAAAGCCAAUGAUAACAAGUGGGUACAUGUUAUGUGUGCUGUGGCAGUUCUGGAGGCCAAAUUUAUAAACAUUGCCCAGCGUAGUCCAGUUGAUGUCAGCAAAAUCCCACUGCAACGCUUCCGACUGAAAUGUGUCUUCUGUAAGAAGAGGCGGAAGAGAAUCGCUGGUUGUUGCAUGCAGUGCUCUCAUGGCCGCUGUCCUACAUCUUUCCAUGUCAGCUGCGCCCAGGCAGCUGGAGUCAUGAUGCAGCCAGACGACUGGCCGUUUGUAGUCUUCAUUACCUGCUUUCGACAUAAAAUUCCAUCUCAAGCAGAACGUGCUAAGGCCGGUCUACAGGAUCUUGCUGUGGGGCAGCCUGUGAUAAGCAAGCACAAGAAUGGACGUUUCUAUCAAUGUGAAGUGAUCAAUCUGACAAAAGAAACAUUUUAUGAGGUCAACUUUGAUGAUGGCUCCUUCAGUGAUAACCUAUAUCCAGAAGAUAUUGUGACUCGAGAUUGCCUCCAGCUUGGUCCUCCACCUCCAGGAGAAGUUGUUCAAGUGAGAUGGACAGAUGGCCAGGUCUAUGGAGCUACAUUUGUGGCUUCUCAUGUCAUCCAGAUGUACCAGGUGGAGUUUGAAGAUGGAUCCCAGCUGAUGGCAAAAAGGGAUGAUGUGUAUACACUUGAUGAAGAACUUCCUAAAAGAGUCAAGUCAAGGCUGUCUGUUGCCUCUGACAUGCGCUUCACAGAGAUCUUCACGGAGAAAGAAGUCAAACAAGAGAGAAAAAGACAGAGGGUGAUCAACUCGCGCUAUCGUGAGGAUUACAUCGAGCCUGCACUGUACCGGGCCAUUAUGGAGUAGUAGUUUGCAGCAGGAUUGCAGUGACCACCCCAAAAUGGAUUCUAGCACCCCAGCACAGCAGAAGCCAAACAGACAGUCUUCAUAUCCCACUUUUUUUAAAAAAAGAAAGAAAGAAAUGAGAUAAGCUUAUCUGACUCUGUAGCACCUUGAACAUAUGGAUUUCGCUUUACUGGCAAACUCCAAGGCUAUCAUUUCGGAGCACAUCUUUGAGUUCAUGAAGCAUUUGGCUCAUACCAGCUCGAUGACUUCGCCGUUAGCUGUGAGUUUCUUCAUUCAAUACAAACUGUUCUUUGACAGAAGGAUAACUUUCCAUUACCACCCAAGGAGUAGCCCAGAUAGUCGUAGUGCUAAAAAUGACUUUCCCCAUUUUUCCUGGAUUAAAUAUCUAUUUCUGGGGGACAUUCUGAGCUCAUCCUGCCUGCAGAAAGCUGGUGAUGUUACUGGUGCUUGACAAUGGAUUCCUUUUUAUAUUUA